GCUUCAGCGGGCGAUAUGAUGAAGGCGUGCUGAACCAAGGCCCGUAACAUUUAGUCAACCAGUGUGUGUGCUGUGCUGUGUUUGUUUUCGGUUGUUUGGAGAAACGAGAGGCGCCGUCCUAUAUAGACUGUCGAGAUCCCGUGUAAAAAGCAGGAAUCGACGUCCGCCUGCGCUGUUUCUUCUUUCGAUCUUCAUAUCUUUCUCCCCACCCGUUUUUCCCAUAGCAUUGCAUGUCGUCCGUUAGAGACGCACUCUUGUGGUUCGCCCUGCCCAGUCUUCAGUACUUCAUCUGCGGCUGGAUCAACCGGUCGUCGUUGUCCUCCAAUACCAGCAUCCAGUUUUCUUUUUUGAUCAUCCGGCUUUGGUCGCGUUGUCACGUCGAUCGGUUCAUAUCUACUGUUGAAAUAUUCAGCUCAGGAUAUUCUGAAAGGCAAAAAAGAAAUCUCAAGAGGAGCCCGUAGAGACUUUGAUGAAACAAAAGGAAAGGUCUAUAAAGACGCGCUCGUGCUGUUGUUGAGUAAGUGGUUUCCCUGCGACGAAGCCCCAAACGCUUUGUUCGUGACUAUAUAGCUGCUGCAUAUGUGUUGGAACGCCCGCGGUUCUGCCUGAAUGAAUCAUACUUAAAAAUGGAGACUCCGCGACUAGUACAUAAACUGUUGUGGAACAUGUGCGCUUGUGGAUUGAUUGCCUUCGUGGCGAUGAGUGUUGCACUGCAGCAGCGACCGGAUCCUCCAGUGCGCCAUGAGUUGAGCCGCUUUAACCACGCCACUCGUUUUCAAACAAUCGCCCCGGCAGGAUCGCUUAUUUCUCGCUUCCGACAAGUCAAUCCAGCGCCGGAAUUCGACGUUUUGUCGACGACUUCUUCAAAUGGAUUGAUGUCGAUCGACACAAGUUUUCCAUCCGAUCCUCACCCAGUUGGCCGGCCUCCCAGAUUCGUUCCUCAAGCUAAAGUGAUACGGUUAGCCGUUCUGGCUCCCAACGAUCCCGAACAUCAAUUCUCCCUGUUCAAAAUCCUUCCGGCCAUCCAUCUAGCAGCCAGGACCAUCGAACGGAGUAGCAGUGGCAACAGCAGCGGCCCUUUGUCCGGCUGGCGAAUUCAAAUUGUAAAUCGUGAUUCCAAGUGCUCCUCCAUCUACGGACCACUGGAAGCCAUCGACCUCUACAACAGCAAAUCCAUAGAUGUGUUUUUGGGACCGGUAUGCGAAUACGUCAUUUCUCCGGUAGCCAAAUAUGCGGGCGUAUGGAACAUUCCGCUCCUGACAGCUGCCGCCCAGGCUGACGGUUUCACUCACAAGCACCCCAACUAUCCGCUCCUGACGCGCAUGAUGGGUUCUUACAGGGAAGUCGGUGCUGUCAUGGUUCAAAUUUUGGCGCGGUUCGACUGGCGAGUGGUGGGCAUGUUGUUCCACAACCACGACGUCGGGAAAAGCGCCGGCAAUUCUCCGUGUCACUUUGCUUUGGCGGCCGUUUACAGUCAGCUGGAGAAGCAGGGACACAAGUCAAUCCACAAAAGUUUCGACGAGACAAAUAGCAGCGUCAACUUCACUCAAUUGCUGCUCCACAUUGGCGAGCGAUCACGAAUCGUGGUCCUGUGCGCCGCACCUCGCAAGAUCAAAGAGAUCAUGCUGGCGGCGGAAGAACUCAACAUGGUGGCUAGUGGCGAAUACGUUUUCUUCAACAUCGAACUGCGCAACAGCAACAACGUGACGCUGAAGCCCUGGUACAACAAGAGCGAAACGGAGGAACAGAACCAACGGUCCAAACGAGCCUACGAGGCACUGUUGACCGUGUCGGCGAGGGUCCCGGACACGGAACAAUACCGCGACUUUAGCGACGAAGUUAAACGAAUCGCCCGAGAAGAAUUCAACUACACAUACGACGAGGAUCCAGUCAAUCCCUUCGUGGCAGCCUUUCACGAGGCCGUGCUCCUCUACGCCAUUGCCCUGAACGAGACGCUGGCGGCCGGCGGAGACGUUUCCAACGGAACGGCCAUCACUUCCCGAAUGUGGGGUCGCACGUUUGUUGGAAUCAGCGGCAAUGUCAGCAUGGACGAGAACGGAGACCGCAAUGCCGACUACUCCCUCCUUGACAUGGAUCCAAUAACAGGAAUUUUCCAGGUUGUGGCCAAUUGCUAUGGCGUUUCCAAACAACUUGUGGACGUUCCAGGCCGUCGCAUUCACUGGGCGGGAGACAGAAACGGUCCUCCUCCGGAUACGCCUCCGUGCGGAUUUGAUAAUACGAAAUGCCCCGAUAAUACGAUGCCAAUUUAUGUAAUCGUCACCAUCGUACUGUCGUCGGUCGUCGUAGUCCUCAUCAUCACAUCUGCUUUCAUUUACAGGCACUACAAGGAGGAGGCUGAAAUAGCUUCGAUGACUUGGAAAAUUGCGUGGAACGAAGUCGUCCUCUUCAGCGGAGAUAGGACCGGCCGGUCCAGCGGAGGAGCUGCUGGAGGACCCAGUGGCGUUGGCAAGUUCGGCAGCCGGGUGUCCAUCGGGCGCAACAGCAUACUGAGCAACCUGUCGACCGAGACGACAGGGAACUUCCCGUCCGACAAGCAGCUAUUCAUUCAAACUGCCAACUACAAAGGCAUGGUUGUGGCCGUCAAAGCAAUCCCCAAGAGUAAAGUGGAACUCAAUCGACCUUUGCUGCUGGAACUGAAGCGGAUGAAAGAUGUGACUCACGAUCAUUUGGUGCGCUUCAUUGGCGCCAGCGUCACAGCUCCUCAUUGUUGCCUCCUCACCGAGUACUGUCCCAGAGGCUCCCUUGAGGACAUCUUGGAGAAUGACCAGAUCCAGUUGGACGCCAUGUUUCGCCGCAGUUUGAUACACGACAUCACCAAAGCGAUGGCCUACAUUCAUUCGUCGGAAAUCCGCUCUCACGGAAACCUCAAGUCGAGCAACUGCGUGGUGGACAGUCGUUUCGUCCUCAAAGUCACCGAUUUCGGGCUCCAUUCUCUGCGUGUGGCCGCCGCCGACGACGACGCCAAUGAUGAUCAAAACUCGUACGCCUACUGGAAGCGCAAGUUGUGGACGGCACCCGAACUGCUGCGCAUCGAACAUCCGCCACCGGAGGGAACACCCAAAGGAGAUGUCUAUUCAUUCGCCAUCAUCACUCACGAGAUCCUCGUCCGACACGGACCCUUUUACCUGGCCGACAAUGAUCUUAGUCCCAGAGAAAUUAUCGGCCACGUCAAGAACGGCCCGCAGCAGGUGAACAAACCAGCGUUCCGGCCGGCGAUCGAUGACGAUCUGGGCGACGAGGAAGUUGUUCAAAUGAUGAAACGAUGCUGGGUGGAAGACCCCAACGAGCGACCCGACUUUCCGGUCCUGAAAGCUACCAUCCGCCGUCUCAACAAAGACAACGAAAGCGGCAACAUAUUGGACAACCUUCUCAGCCGAAUGGAGUUGUACGCCAACAACUUGGAGCAACUCGUCGAGGAGCGGACGGCCGAUUAUUUGGAAGAGAAACAACGCUGCGAAGAAUUACUCUAUCAACUGCUGCCCAAGCCAGUUGCCAGUCAACUGAUAGCCGGGCAGUCGGUCCUGGCGGAGACUUUCGAUAAUGUCACCAUCUACUUCUCAGAUAUCGUCGGCUUCACGGCUCUCUCGGCCGAAUCCGCUCCCCUCCAAGUAGUGGAUCUUCUGAACGAUCUCUACACUUGCUUUGAUUCCAUCAUUGAAAACUUUGAUGUCUACAAGGUGGAAACGAUCGGCGAUGCGUACAUGGUCGUUUCUGGGCUGCCGGUCAGAAAUGGCAACUUGCACGCCCGUGAAAUCGCCCGGAUGUCGUUGAGACUUUUACAAGCCGUCGGCCACUUUCGCAUAAGGCACCGACCCAACGACCAGCUGAAACUGCGCAUCGGCCUCCAUUCGGGCCCGGUUGUCGCCGGCGUCGUCGGUUUGAAAAUGCCGCGCUAUUGUCUUUUUGGCGACACUGUCAACACCGCCUCUCGGAUGGAAUCCCACGGGCUUGCGUUGAAGAUCCACGUCAGCCCAGCCACCAAAGCUCUCCUGGAUUCUUUCGGCACUUUCCGGCUAGAAUUGCGGGGUGAUAUUGAAAUGAAGGGCAAAGGCAUUGUGACAACGCACUGGCUGCAGGGCGAAACCACUGACUUGCCACCGGCCGCUAAUAUUACCAGCACGAUGACUGCCAAUUCGACGGUCACCUCCUCCGCCAAAAUCUAGCCUGUUUCACAAUUGCCGUUUGAUAUCGAAAGUGUGGCAUUAUGUUUUCCUUUUUUUUAUUUUUUUUUAGAAAAACCCGAUCAUUCCCUUUCGCCUACACCUGAAUUCUUUCACCUCAUCUCCUAUAUUUAUUGUAUAAUCCCGACCCCAUAUUCCCGCCGUCUCGACCUGAAAUAACAAACAAACCUCUCCGCCCUCCUCCUCCCGAAAUCACCACCCCAUUAAUUAACCGAAAACAAAAAGUUGUGUUGUGCGGAUCGUAUUUAUAUUCUAGUCAAGACAUUCACAAACACAUCACAGAUCUCUUGUCGAUGUAAACGGAUGUGUAUUUUCCAAUUGGUUCGACAUCAUAUAUUAUUAUUAUCAUUAUUAUUACAUGGUUAUUAUACGCUGUCUCUUUGAAAAAACAGGCGUGUGUGUUGCUUGAUUGUUUUCGAUUUUGGAAAGGCGGCGAUAUAACUUUUCUCUCUCCUCUAUAGAACCUCCUCAACGUCGUAAUAUAUCGAUCGGC